CCUUGUAGUAUAUACAACUUGAUGCCAGUCGUUUCGUAUCGGAAUGGCUGAUACAGUGAGUCGUCUAGGAAUACAGAAAUUCCAAAGGGUAGUUUCGUCAUCAGAAGAUCUGGUGAACGUGGACAGGGCUGUCUGCCCACCUUUGGCAAUUCAGAGCAGGACGUACGUCGUCUCGGGGGAGCACCAAAAGAUUUUUAUAGACGAAACUGUUCCUAAAGAUAUUCACAUAUUCCCCCAAGCAGAGUGUAAGCAACCGAGAGGUGAAGGGUUACUUUUGUCAUUAAGAAUCCAUCAAUCUUUUUCUCCAACGUAGAACGCCGAUGCACUCUUUCUUACUCUGCUCUGCUCCAUCCUUCCUCUGCCCACGUCUUGGAAGUUGGAAGGCCCUCCUUCUCCACCACAACCGGCGGCGCCACCACCUCCGGCCGGAGGCUGUGCCCGGCGAUGAAGAACCACCCAAAGAUCAAGCAGCCACCCCGCACCCUCUUCUCCUGCGGCAUCUUCGGUCAUUGCACAGAAACCGUGCUGAGCCCGACCGCUCCACCGCCUGCGACGACGAUCGCCACCGUCCAGCAGCCAUCUCCGGCCGCUCCGGCAGUUUCCGUGCAUCCUCGAACGGAAUCUCCACCGCCUUCGUCGUCUUCAUCUUCGUCUUCCUCCGCCACCUCCCAGAGCUUCACCCAGUGGCGCUUCCCCCUCCCCAAGACGCCACUCCUCCUCCACCGUCCCACAGACUACGAGCCGCUUCCUUCUCCGCCGCCACCACCAGUGCCGCCAUCGAUGCCGGACACCGCUCCUCCGCUAUCUCCUCCAGGGCCGGUGCCCGACCUGGCGGAGCUGUUCCACCUCUCUGAACUCCAAUUCUCCUCCGACUCGGAGACGGAGAAGAUCGAGGCCCUCCGCCUCCUGGAACGCUCCCUCGUUCCCAACCCUCCGCCUGCCACCGGAGGCGGAGUCCCCUGUCCGCCCACGGUGGUGCAGGGGGUGGUUCGGAUGGUGGGAGUGGCGGAGCAGGCUCGGGCAGCGGUGAAGGUCCUGCUGGCGCUCUGCUUGGCAGAGCCAAGCAGGCGGCCGGCUGUGGAGGCUGGGGCAGUGGCGGCAGUGCUGGAGGCGCUGCCUGGGCUGAGCGGGGCAGCGGCCGAACGGGCGCUGGCAGCGCUGGAGCUGCUCUGCACCGUGGCAGAAGGCGUGGCGGAGCUGAGAGGGCACGCGUUGGCGGUGCCGCUGCUGCUAGAGCUGGUAGGGAAGAUGACAGGAAGGGGGGCGGAGUACGCACUCAGCGUGCUGGCGGCAGUGUGCGCGGCGGGUCCGGUGUCGGAGACGACGGUGGCGCCGGAGGGGCUGGCGCAGGUGGUGGCUCUGGCGCUGCAGGGGCAGCAAUGCAGCGCGAGGGCGAGGCGGAAGGGGCUGCAGCUGCUCCGGUCCCUGCAGGAGAAGUGGGGCCUCGAGCUGGCCGAAGGAUGAUGGUGAUGAGCAUGCCGACCGACUGAAGUGAUAGAUUACUGUUACUAGAGACAGUGUGUGUGAUCUGCGCAGUUUCUUCAUGUGGGCAUAGAGAGAGAGAGAGAGAGAGAAAGAGAUAUCUUGAUGACGCCUUCUAUGGUGAAGGAAAGAAGAAUGUAAAAUGUUAAGGUGAAAUUUUGGUUUUUACUUUGAUUGCUGGUGUUUUCAUGAAUUGCAGCAGAUUGUGUACUUGCGUGAAUGUACAUUAUUGCAAUAAAAUUGCACUUGAUUGUGAUGUAA